CUGUUGACACGACAGCAAGGCGCAAAGAAAACAAAAAAAAAAAACGAAAAAAAAAAACGCCAGGAAUUUGCAUUUUCCGCGACUUUUGACGAAGGAAAAUUGAAAGCACACUCAGACGCGCACGAUAAACAACACACAAACACAUACACGCACAUAUAUUGUGGGAAAAUGCAAUUUGUAGCGUUAUUUUUGAUAUUUCUAGCUGGUGGUUUCAGCUGUAUAACAGCAUUGCGUUGCUAUACCUGUGAGGAUUGUGAUGAGUAUGCAAACUUAGCAGAUCUAGAGAUUGAGGUAUGCAGUCCACCGCCACAAAAUGGAAUUGUCUCCAGUCCAGGACCAAGUCCAAGCCCUGGUCUCAGUCCCAGUCCCAGUCCCAGUCCCAGUCCGAGUCCAAGUCCAGCAGCACCACCACCAGCAGGAGGUGGAAAUGAAAGCGAAGACGAAGAUGAGGAUGAUGAUGAAGAUUACGAUAGCAAUGACUCGGCCACUGUGGGUAUUAUGCCAGGUAAUGGUGGUGCUCAAAAUCCCGCUCCCGCUCCCGCUCAAGUUGAUAGUGAACCAGAAGAGGAAGAAACCAAUGAAGAGGAAGAAGAAGAGGAGGAAGAGGAAGAUGACUAUGAUGAUCGCCGGAGAAGACGUGUGGUCGCCAGGCAACAAAUAAUCGAUACACCGAAUGCUGUGUGCUAUACAGUAAGACUUCAACUGAAUGGCACAGUGAUUACGAAUCGCGGGUGUACAGUGGCAAUGAGUAGUAAUCGUUCGGCUGCCUGUGAAAAUCUCUAUGAUCCAUGGAAUAUUCUCGGAUGUGACCAAUGCGAAGAGAAUACCUGCAAUGGACCCAUAAAUCUAUCAAAUAGUGUUUGGACAAAUAUAGCUAGUUCAACGAACGUUGAAUGGACAAUGUUGGCGUCACUACUGUCACUUGUACUCUCAUUUUUUUAAUUCCGCCUAAUUAAUAACAUUUUAUUUGUGGGUCGUAAUCCUCCUCAAUAUCAAAUACAUAAUGUACAUAUGCAUGUAGUAUACACGAUAUAUGGCCCCAUA